GUGCUGCUGUCGCUGGACUGGGAGCGCCGCUUCGACCACAUGCAGCAGCACUCAGGACAGCAUCUCAUCACUGCCAUCGCAGAACAGAUGUUUGGAUUCAGGACAACUUCAUGGGAGCUGGGCCGUCAGCGAAGUGUCAUUGAGCUGGACACCCCCUCCAUGACAGCAGAGCAAAUAGAGGCACUGGAGAGGAGCGUGAAUGAGAAAAUCCGGGAGAGGGUACCCGUGAUGGUGAGGGAACUGGCUGCAGAUGACCCUGAAAUUGAAACAGUGAGAAGCCGUGGUUUGCCAGAUGACCACGUGGGGCCAGUGCGAAUUGUUGACAUCGAAGGCAUAGACUCCAACAUGUGCUGUGGGACUCAUGUCUCCAACCUGAGUGACUUGCAGGUUAUUAAACUCCUUGGCACAGAAAAAGGGAAAAAGAACAAAACCAACUUGAUUUUCCUGGCAGGAAACAGAGUGCUGAAGUCAAUUGAACAAAGUCACAGUACUGAGAAGUCUCUAACCUCACUGCUCAAAAGUGGACCAGGUGAGCAUGUAGAGGCUGUGAAGAGACUGCAGAGUUCUGUGAAACUGCUUCAGAAGAAUAACUUGAACCUGCUUAGAGAUAUUGCUGUUUUGAUAGCUCGGGACUUCAAGACCAAAGCUGUUCAAAGUCAGCUGUUUGUGUUACACAGGAAAGAGGGUGACUCUGAAUUUAUGAACAUCAUCGCUAAUGAGAUUGGGACAGAGGAAACCCUGCUGUUCCUGACUGUAGGAGAUGAAAAAGAAGCAGGACUCUUUCUUCUAGCAGGACCUGUUGAAGCAGUUGAGAAUUUAGGUCCCAGGGUGGCAGAGCUGCUGGAGGGCAAAGGAGCUGGGAAGAGAGGCCGCUUUCAGGGCAAGGCAACCAAGAUGUGUCGGCGAGGAGAAGUGCAAGCUCUGCUCCAGGAAUUCAUCAGCCAUCAAAGCCCUGAAGCGUAAGAAUUCUCGUACUAGGGCUGUCUUCCCUGCUUUGCAUAAGGCCCACCAACUUCUCUCCCAGAGAAUAAAGACAUAAAAA